AUGAGGUGCGUCUGGACCAUCGGGAUUGCUAUAAUCCCGUUGUGUUGUAUUUUGGCAGUUCCAUUGUUGGAUUUAGCUGAAAUCACAGCCAAUGACGGAGACACGUCUACCAGUGUUGAUGACACACAAGAAAUCACAAUUGGGGAUGUCAUUAUUAACGCACACAGGAACGCGAUAUCCAACCCAAACAUGAAAUGGCCCGGCGGCAUUGUUCCUUACACCAUUAGUCCGCUCUAUUCAAUGGAUAUUCAGAAUGACAUAGUUGCGGCAAUGAGGCAACUGGAGCAGGAUGUUAAUGAUGUUGUGCGUGUUUGUGUGAAGUUUAGACCUAGAACUAAUGAGUCCAACUAUAUCAGAAUCUAUCCGGGUAAUGGAUGCCGUGCAGCGAUUGGCAUGCAGAACAGGGGCAGACAAGAUAUCUCUAUCGGCCGAGGUUGUGAGGCAAGGGGUGUCAUCCUGCACGAGCUGAUUCAUGUGCUGGGAUUCUGGCACGAGCAUAACCGAGCUGACCGCGACACCUACAUCAACAUCAACCUCACCAAUAUCAGAGACAAUACUAAGCUGGAUUUUAGACAAGUUUCUUCUGCUAUGCUGAAUACGCUGAACACACCCUACGACCUGGGGAGCAUCAUGCACUACGGUCCUUACACCAAUGCUAUCGACAAGACAAUACCUGUGAUAACCCCGAAACCCGGCAAGGCUGUGGGUAUUCAACUGGGGCAAAGGAUGGCGCUGUCCACCUGGGAUGUAGUGAGAAUCCAGAGAUGGUACGGAUGUACUGAAAAUGCCUCACACAUAACGAGGACAUAUCUAACAGACAGUCUGGCCAGGUGCGACUUUGCGAGUAGCAUGUGCAACCUGACACAUGACACAACUUCUGAAUUUCGCUGGACGGUCAUGGAGGGCAGCAGUGGGGCAGGACCUCGGGCGGGAAACACAAAUGGCGCCGAUUCCUUUCUGGUUGCCAAGGAAACAGAUAAUAAUGGAACCGCCCGUAUUCUGACGCCUUUCUUCAACGUCGGCGCUAUUUGUGUCAACUUCUUCGUGUUCCAGCGUGGGCCAUUUUCUUACCUGGACGUAAUGGCGUCAGGGCCUAUCAUUGCUCCAGUAGUGGUCCAAUCAUUUCAAGGUAACAACGCCAACGAAUGGCUCCCUGUUCACGUGGACAUCAACGCACCAGUGGGUGCAGCUUUUCAGAUAACAUUUGAAGCUCACUUAUCAUCCGGUGAUGUUGCUAUCGAUGACCUCAACAUUUACAAGGGAAGAUGCAUUUGA